GGGCACCGGCGAGCCGGGAGGGCCCCGCGGGCGAGCACCUGAGGCGGCGGGGAGCGGACGGCCCCGACAAUGGCGAAGGCUCCGCGCCCAGCUGCCCCGUGCCGCUUCAGUGGUGCCCAGUGGCACAUGCAGAAUGUUCUCAAAGACUCAGUGGAGAGCUCCGAUGAUGAAUUCUUCGAUGCACGAGAAGAGAUGGUGGAAGGAAAAAGUGCCAUUCUUAUAGGCAUGAGCCAGUGGAACUCGAAUGACCUUGUUGAGCAGAUAGAAACAAUUGGGAAGCUGGAAGAAAAUCAAGGUGAUUUAUAUAGAGCCUCUUUAAGAAAACAAAGGUUCCCAGCACAAGGCAGUAUUGAAAUACAAGAGGACAAUGAGGAAGGAGUCCAGCACCAGAACUGCAAAACCCAUGUGCUAAUUUUAAUCCUACAUGGGGGUAACAUCUUAGACGCUGGAGGUGGAGACCACAGCAACAAGCUGGCAGACAUUAACACCUUCAGUUCUGUGUUUGAGAAAGUGACCCGAGCCCAUUUCCCUGCUGCUUUGGGCCACAUUUUAAUCAGGCUUGUUCCCUGCCCAGCGAUCUGUUCAGCAGCUUUCUCUCUUGUUUCCAACCUAAAUCCCUACAGCUAUGAUGAGAGCUGUCUCAGCAGCAGUGAAGACCACAUCCCACUGGCUGCCUUGCCAUUGCUGGCUGUUUCAUCCCCUCAAUACCAGGAUGCAGUUGCCAUGGUGAUCAGUAGAGCCAAUCAAGUUUACAAUGAAUUUCUCAAAUCUACAGAUGGGGCUGGUUUUAAUGGACAGGUGUGCCUCAUUGGUGACUGCAUUGGAGGAAUUUUAGGCUUUGAUGCCAUCUGCUACAAUUCUAAUACAGCUGAUGAGAGUCGGAACAAUAGCAGGAGAGGAAGCAUCAGCAGCAUCCAGGAUAAUCCCCUCUUAGCAGAGGACUCCAGUCUGGGUGACAGCAAACGCCUGAGCAAAAGCAAUAUUGACAUCUCGGGAAUCAUGGAGGAUGAGAAGCCAGGGCAGCCAUUGCCUCGAAAACAGAGUGAUUCAUCCACCUAUGACUGUGAUCCUAUAACACAGCAUCAUGCCUUCCUGUCUAGCAUCCACUCAAGUGUGUUGAAAGAUGGCUCAGACUUUCCACCUGUGAAUUCCGGUCUGUCAGAAGUAAACCUGGGACGAUUUGAAUUCGAGGUGUCUGAUUUCUUCCUCUUUGGAUCGCCGCUUGGUUUGGUGCUGGCCAUGAGGAGUACUGUUCUGCCUGGCCUGGAUGUAUGCCAGGUCCGCCCAGCCUGCAGCCAAGUGUACAGUUUCUUUCAUUCUGCUGACCCCUCUGCCUGCAGACUUGAACCAUUGCUGGAGAAAAGAUUCCAUCUCCUGCCUCCAUUCAGUAUCCCACGGUACCAGAGAUACCCUCUAGGGGAUGGAAGAUCUCACCAGUUAGGCGAUGCUGUUCACAAUCACAGUGCUCUGUUCCUUGAGAACAGCUCUUUGAACAUACCUUUCUCUCAGGAGAGUCCUGGAUCUCCAAAUGCAUCUGAUCAACUGCAGGGAAAAACAAGAAAGUUGAGCUUGGCCAGCACAAACAGUGAAAACUCAGGGUCAACAGAAAGCUUGCCAUCAGCAUACCUCACCAACAUUACUGCAAAGUGGUGGGGAACAAAACGAAUAGAUUAUGCCUUGUAUUGUCCAGAUGUGCUGACAGCCUUUCCAACUGUGGCCCUGCCUCAUCUCUUCCAUGCCAGCUACUGGGAAUCAACAGAUGUUGUGGCCUUCAUUUUAAGACAGGUGAUGAGGUAUGAAAAUGUAAUUUUCAAGGAAAAUGACAACCUGGAUCCAGCAACACUAAGUCUGUCCAAUCCACGAGAAAAAUGGCUACGCAAAAGGACACAUGUCAAAUUGAGAAAUGUGACUGCUAAUCACCGAGCUAAUGACGUCAUUGCAGCAGAAGAUGGUCCUCAGGUACUUGUUGGGCGCUUUAUGUACGGCCCUCUGGAUAUGGUGGCUUUAACAGGAGAAAAGGUUGAUAUCUUCAUAAUGACGGAGCCGUCUUCGGGUAGGUGGGUGUACUUUGACACAGAGAUAUCCAACAGCAGUGGCCGGAUAUCCUACAGCAUACCCAAACAGAAGAGACUAAGAGUUGGUGUGUAUCCCAUCAAAAUGGUGGUCAGAGGGGACCAGAGCAGUGCUGCAAGUUACCUGACUGUGCUUCCCCGAGGAAUGGAAUGUGUUGUGUUCAGCAUUGAUGGUUCGUUUGCAGCAAGUGUUUCAAUAAUGGGAAGUGACCCCAAAGUCCGAGCUGGGGCUGUUGAUGUUGUCAGGCAUUGGCAGGACCUGGGAUAUCUGAUUAUCUAUAUUACUGGCCGUCCUGAUAUGCAAAAACAGCGUGUGGUUUCAUGGUUGUCUCAACACAACUUCCCACAAGGAAUGAUCUUCUUCUCAGAUGGACUUGUUCAUGACCCACUGCGACAAAAGACCAUUUUUCUCCGGAAUCUCAUGCAAGAGUGCCACAUCAAAAUCUGUGCUGCAUAUGGUUCCAUGAAGGACAUUUCUGUGUACAAUGUCUUGGCUCUGUCGCCAUCCCAGAUCUACAUAGUUGGACGAUCAACAAAGAAAUACCAGGCACAGUGUCAAUUCCUCAGUGAAGGUUAUGCAGCCCACUUGGCCUCGCUGGAGUUCAGUCUCCAUUCACGAUCCAAAAAGAACAACUCUCGGAUGAUCUUGAGAAAAGGCAGCUUUGGCCUCCACUCUCAACCCGAGUUUUUGCGCAAGAGAAACCAUCUCCGCAGGACUAUGUCUGUACAGCAACCUGACCCACCUUCUUCAACCCCCAAGCCAGAGCGUGCCCAGAGCCAGCCUGAAUCAGACAAAGAUCAUGACAGGCAUUUGCCCUCCAUUGCUUGGGUUCGAGGUGGAGUUCAUAAAUUUGAAUCUGUCCCCUAGGAAGCUUGAGUGCACCCCAUUAAACCUGUAGACAUGCCUCAAAGAUUUAUUUAGGCAGCUUCAAACUAAAGAUGUAAAGGGGAACCUGUACCUCGGAGUCUUCCCUGCUCUGGAAUCUGCCUUCUUACACUAACUGGGGAACUUCCAGUCUGUUCCUCUUAACAUGUUUAUUGGGAAAUUUUAAACCAAUCUAAAACAAUCUCAAGUGCUUAUAACAUCAAAGGAACAGGAAAUAUCUGUGGGGUUUUUUUUACAACUGAUAUAAUAAAAUGUGCAAUAAGAGAAAAGGCUGUAACAGGCUAAUUUUACUCAGAAGGACUGUGGUAUCAGAUUAACUAGCAGCACCCAAAAUAGUAUAAACAGUAGGUCCAUAGGUUACAGAGAAGGUUUACGCUUUCAACAUUAAAUAGUUUUAUGUUUCCACUUCACUUUUGAUAAAGUGAUAUACUUUCAAGGGAAGCAGUAAUGGGAGCUACAAUAAUGGGUGGUCAGGAUUUGUAUAGAAAGAUGCUUUUUGGGUGCCUUAAACCCAAGAUUUCCUUUCAACUUACAGUGUGGGUCAACAGACCCCAGUAUGGCACUCAUGUUCAUGUGAGGUGCUGGACAUCACAUAAAUGGGAGGACUGCACUUACGAACCAAACCAUAAAAUCUUCAUGUUAGAAAUAAAUGUGUCCACCACAGUUUGAAGUGAUUAGUGUUGCUGUAUACAAAGUAAUGCACAAGUGUACAAUGAUCACAUUGUUUUGUGGAAGACAGAAAAAGUGAUGGAAUUCCCAUGGGAAAUUGUUUACCUUCUCACUCUUUAUAUAGCAGCUGUUGUGUUACAACAAUCUGUAGCAUUCAGAUUUACAGCAUUUGACCUUCAAGGAAUGGACAUGCCAAAUUACAGAUGCCAAAUAGAUGUUUUCCUACUAAUUUAAAUUUCUCUCACAUCUCUCAAUGAACUUACUAGAAGUAAAAUGUGUGAAAUUUUCCCUGAAUGGUAAGAUUUCUAAAGUGUUGUUAGUUUAACCUAGCAGCAGUUUGCAGAUUCUUCGUGCAGAUACUUCCACUGCAGUCAUGACUGAAACGUUUUAAAAUUUGCAAUGAAGUUACAAGUGCACAUAAACCAGCUUUUCUUUGGAAGUUAAAACCAGACUGCUGACACUGAGAAAGCUUGAAGUCAGGAGGAGAUUUUUUCAGGUUUGUUUCCUUGUUUUUAUCAGGGAGUUGGGGCAGAGGGUGUUGUGCCUCCCUCUUGUCUCCUCCUCACCUUACUGUCACGUUUUCCUAGUCCAUAGCUAAACCAGAAACAGUCUCAUAAAGCCUGUUGGUUAAUGAUUUUGAAUGUUUACAUGUAAACCAAACAAGAAAUGUGAUGGAAAACUAUUAAGACAGUGCAGAAGUAAACCUAAGUCUGUACUCCCUAUUCACCCAGAGUUUCAGUGUGCUUUUUGAAGGGCAUAGUAAUGUGGCUUUUGCCUUAAUAGGCAACAAAGUAGCUUGUAAAUUGAGAUCUUUAUUUUUUUAGACAUUAUUUGACAAGAUUGUCAGUUACCUAUUUUAAAUUUCCUGAAAGGCACAUCAGUAAUUUGCUUUUUAUAAUGCUUGCUUUAAGCGAAGGGGUAAUCUUUGCUGAAGAUAUAAGAAAGAUACCAGAAGUUCAGUAGCUCAUGCUAAUUGGGAGCAGGUAGCUAAUUAUGUUACAGGGUUUUUAUGCUCUGUUGCCAAGUCAGCCAACUACGAAACCUAAAUGAAAGAUAUCCACAAACUGCAUUUGAAAUAGUGUUCUGGUUUACAAAUGCUUUCCCAGUAGUAUUGCAGUUCUUUAACCCAUAAACUUGAAAUUAUUGUGUGUUCUGUCUUGGCCCACUGUGUGUAGUAAUUCUAAUCACAUAGUCCAUUUCUUCUCUUGUGCAAUGCAGCUAGGAAGAGAUUGCACAGGUAGACUCCAUCUCCUACCAGUCAGUUCACUGUUAGCAUGUUAAUUUUAAAACAGCAUGGGAAUCCAAAGCUUCCAAGAGAGAAUUUUAAAUGUAUGGAGGAGACCUGAAAGCAACAUUGGUCACAAAGUUCUUUUUAAGCGUUGUGUAGCGUGACUCUUGACAGUAAUCACUGUUCCUGCUGCAAAGUUCAAAGUUAAUGUUGCUUUAGCCAUCUACCUCUGUCAUCCAAGAGAUGUCAAAAUCUAUUUUUCAUUUUAAGUUGCUGUAGUAGAAAGGCCUCCUUCCUUUCAAGAAAGGUGUGUGUUACUCUGUGACUGUAUUAAAAGAACUAGUAUCUGAGCACAUGGUUGGAAAAAUCUCCUAGGUUGUUAAGGUUUGUCUUUUACUCUUGCAGACACAAUGUCGUUUUGCCAGGUAAAACUCUGAUUUUGUGUAUUUCUAUUUACAACUGGUUCACCUUUACAGUAGUCACUGUGCUGGCUUCUCCUAAGAAUAUUAUGAGCUAAUAGUAGUAAAACAAAUGCUAGUGUGCGUAUAUGUGUGUGCAUGAUUUAGAAUGGCAGUAACAAUUUCAAAGGUUAUAUACACAUGGUAUUAAAAUCAAGCUGCAAGUAUUUUCCUUAACCUCAUUUCCUACAAUAUGUAAGAGCUUAUGUGGCCUUUGUAUAAUUCCAACACUACUUAUUGCUCAGGGAUAGAAUGGUUUCUCUCCUGAACUCAUGCCUUCAGCUGAGCACUUUGGCAAACAGUGAUACAGGCUUUAGCUUGGAGGUCAAGGCUUCAUGUUAAUUAGGAGCUGAUCUUGUGAAACAUCAGAUGCCAGAUGGAGUUGUUUUGAAAGCACUAACCAGUUGGCAAUGGUAAAACUGCUUCUGGUGGAGCUGAGUGUGAACAAGAUGGAUGUGGCUGUAAGCAUCUCGCAACUGGGCUGGCAGCUCAACAGACACUGCGGCAGUAGCUAGACCUUUUGCAUGCUGAACCACUACCUUUUUUUGGGUUUUUAUCCUCCCAGCUGUCCCUGGGCCGAUCUCUGAGGUUUGCCUCGUGAAUCACUGAUGAAAAACUAGAACUAGUUUUAUAUAUAAUUUUUCAGUCAUGUUUUCCCUUAAAAAAUUUCCUUCUGGUCAGAAUUUUAGUUAUACGCUCAGUACACAUGAAACUGCAUGCAGCUGUUUAUGGGCAUUUAGUUUGCAAUUGGAUUUGUUUUGCUUCUGUUUUCAUGGAAGGAUAAUCAGUACUCCUAAGCAGGCCAUUUCCUGAGGAUAAGCUUGGUGCUAGUCAUCUUACUCUCUGAUUGCAAGUCCUCAUUGCUGCAGUCUUUGUGCAGUCAGUACUUACAUUAACUUUAUACUCUUAACAUGUACACAGAAGGGAAAAGGACAGAGAAGUCAGGCAGGAGUGGAGCGUGCCCAAGCAAGACGCAUCAAUAGUUUCAGCACCUUUAGUGCCUCCAGUCUGCUACAGAAAAGCACAUUUUUUUCAACCUGUUGAAUGGAAGAAGCAUAAGUGAAACUGUAAAACACAACUGUUAUUCCAGUGGGUGCAAAGUCAGCAGUACAAGUCUAUAUAAAAUAGGCCACAAUUGAAUGUGUUUACUUUGUCCUGUUGAUAUGGAUCCAGUUUUAAAUUACUGUAAAAAAAAUGGCUGUGUUUAAUAACAGUGGUAGGUUUAUCUGAGAUAUUGUGAAAAUACACCUUCACAACUGUGGUGUUUUGUGUGUGUGUGUGUGUGUGUGUGUGAAGACAUCUUAAGUGGAGUUUUGAUUCUGCUUUCACAGCAAAUUUGUAACCAAUAUACUUCAAAACCAGAACAAUAAAAAAUGGCUGUUUAUUCAAUGUUGUCUAGUUAGGCAAGUUUGAAAAAAAGAUGUCAUUGUAUAAAGAAUGCAGAAUAUUCCACAGACCUGAAUAGCGUUGUUGAGCUAAAACUGCUUAUUUUCAAUAACUUCUCUUUUUAAGUGUUUGCAUACACUAGUGCUCUUGGAACAGAUUCUUGCUUGACCAAAGUACUCCUAUUCAGUUUUGUGGCAUGGCUUAUAUCCAGCAUAAAAUUUUGUUAGGUGUAAAAAUGACAUGGCAUUGAUAAGUCUUCUUAUUCAUUGGGGUUCAUGAGAGCUGCCAUUCUGAUUUGUUUUCAUGAAAAUAGUGUUAAUUCUUACAGGUUACUUCACCUGCUCCUCUAGUACCUAGGGAAUUCACUUCUAAAUAGCUAAAACUUUCACUGGUUAUGUAGAGGUGACUCUACAGUAAACUAUCAGUAGAGGAAAAAAUGGCACACCCUAACCUACUAAAUUAGUUCAUUCGAUUGUCUAGUGGAUAGUGUCCCUGCUUGUGGCAGGGGUGUUGGAAUCAGGUGAUAUUCAAGGUCUUUUUCAACCUAAACCAUUCUAUGAUACUAUUGAAAUAAGCAGAACAAUUACCCUUUACCUGGAAGUUCCACCAUUCUGCAACAUAGCUUUUUUUCCCAUUAUUAGUGCACAGUUGUCCCUUUUAUACACUGAAGUCUUUAGGCCAGGGCACUGCUAAUGUGUGCAUUUAAGCAAAUAUAAAAUACUUAGAACUGUAGUGUUGUCAUGUACUUCACAGAAUAAAUUUAGAAGGAUAAAAGAAAAUUAUUUCCUUCUUAUAUUGUUUCUUGUCUUAAAUCUGUUAAAAUAUAAGCGUUUUUAACAAUACAUGAAACCAAUAAGUAUUUCCAUUUUUUUUUAAUUUGUAAGUUACUGAACAAAUAGGAUUUUCCCCAGGUUUUUUAUUCCCUCUCUUGCAUUUAAGCCACAAAAAGGUGAGUACACUAAAAAAGUACUAGAUGCCUGGAGUAAGGACACCUUUUAAUAAGCCUAAUAACGGAGAGGAGAUUGUACACUGCAUAAUUUUUGUGAUUAGAGCUUAAAAUGUGGGAUCUGAACUCAAGAUUUUUGCAUUGAAUUGUUCAUUUCAGGCAUGCAGGGGAGAAAGUGGCUCUUUCCAUCCUCAUCUGGAGCUGGUGCAGGAUAGAAUUACCAUAAACACGUAGCUUUCCAACUUACUUCCUCAGCUUCUCUAAGAGCAAUGAUUCCUCAUGGUCCGUGUCCAUAGCUUCAGCAGAAAUUGUGGGUUUAACAAGGUAAUUUGACUUCCAUGAUCUUCAAUCGCCAAAGUGUAAAUAUAGGUUCCUACAGAUGAUCCUGAAUUCGGUCCCCCAUAAAUAUGGAGGUAAUAACAUAUUUUUCUGGAUGAAAAGAGCUCUUUUUUUCAGAAAUAAGAAAUGGCCUGGAGCAGCUAGAAUCCUGUGCCAUGGACUCUGGAAUUGAAGUCAGGUGUUGGUAUUUCCUCUUUCCCUCAUUUUAGUUCAAGCCUAAGGUAAGGGAUUACAGUUUACUCUCUAUUUGUAUUUAUCUCAAUAAGCUACCUUUAAAACCAGAUGUAACUGUGGGAGACGGGAAACAUGAAACAAAUUUGACAGUUCAUUUCGCAUUUGUAAGGAUGUACAGAAUUUACAGUGGGGAAGAGAGAGAGAGGCAGGUUUACUGGAGUGUACUAGAUAGUACACUAGAGAUUACAAUGUUGAAAUGUAACUUACAGAUUUCAAGCUUUACAGAAAAGGUAAUUCUGGAAGGACUGGUGUAGGGCCCAUAAUGGCAGUCCUCUCACAGAAAGCCAAGCUUCCUGCAUAACUUAUUUUUCUGUCUGUGGCAAAGGGGCAGUCCAUGUACAACUGAAUUCAUACAAGGAAACUUGAAAUUGUAUGUGUUCUUUCAGUCUAUAUAGUUUUAUUAGGUGCAUACUUUUAAAUAUUGUUUGUCAGUGAAAAGGUUCUAUCUGGUGACAAGUGUCUAUAUUUCUUACGGCUGCCUUGUAAAGAUUCAAAAAUGUACAGUAAUGAAUUUCUUAACAUGGAAUAAGGAGUAAGAUUUCUACAACUGGUAAAGAUUUUGAUGUGAGCUGGUUUUUAAAAUCUUAUAACAGAUUAGUCACUUAAAUAAAACCUUCCUUGUCUUUAA